UUAACAUCUUCCCAUUAGAAAACUUUCAGUUGGUUCUAAUUUACUUCAGAAAAAUGGUUUCCAAAGUAAACUUGCUCAUUCAAGUCCUCUUGGUCAUGGUUAUUUUAAUCUCUUUCAUGGGGGAAGCUAGGAACCUGGUUGAUGAAAAGCAAAAUGAUGUGGAUAGUGUUAAAGGCAAUGGAUCUGUAAGUACUGAUUGUUGGUGGUGGCCAUGGUGGCCCUUUACGGGUCCACCUGCAACUCCAGUAACACCGAGUCCUCCUGCAACUCCAGUAACACCAAGUCCGUCGGAAACUCCGGUAGCACCAAGUCCAUCGGAAACACCGGUAGCACCAAGUCCAUCGGAAACUCCAAUAUCACCAAGUUCAUAUGAAACUCCUACACCACCUGGUUCACCUGAUUCUAGUCCAUUGCUUUAAACUACCAAAUGUAGCUAAACACAAAAAUCAAAAUGUUGAUUGUAUCAUUAUGUGGUAUUUGUGUUUAAACAUUAGGAAUAUAUGUUUGGUUUAAUUAUGAGAAUAUAUAGUGAGAAAUAUUG